UACCAUAUAACAAAAUCCUAAAAUUCCGUGCACUGUAGAUUAAAAGUAAACUAAAACAAAAAUCAAAUUGAUUUCAGAUUUUGCGACUUUCUUUGUGGAAAUUUACAGCUUUCCGACCUUGCGGUUUCAAGACGAUUCUAUUUUUUUUUCUCCUUAGUAAUCGAUUGAAAAUGGACGACCGAAUACAGCGCCACCAAUCAAUGCGAGCGGCAACUCAAAUGACAUUGGAGACACGAAAAACGGUAUCACCCUAAAGCCAUUCCGAUGCAAACUAAAUGCUAUCACAUUUCAAUGGAACGAUGCAGAAAUCAAAUGGAAAUUCAUUUCUCGUUUUUAUUCAUCUGAUUCAAUGAUUGGAAAUGGUUUGAUUUAAUCUGUAAUAAGCAUCAAGUGAAACGAACUCUGUUUAACGUACAAAUAUUUGAGUUGUUACCAACACCGAUGAUGCUCACACAUACCAUCAUAUGCUUCGAACUACAUACGCACACACACACACACACACACACACACACACACACAAACCGCAAUCGAUGGAGAUUAAAUGACCAAUGACAUUUGGAGAGAUAGAACGAACUUCGUGAGACUGUACAAAUACACGAAAUCGUAAUGUCAAAAUAAUUGCAUUUACGCAAAGAAGUGAAAACAACAUUUACCAAAGUUUGAUUGCAUUUUUAUGCGUCUUAUCAUUUUGUUGCGAAUAAAUAGAAUUUGCUCACAAAAUUCAUGCAACCAAGUACGAACGCAUUGAAUGUCUGAAGAAAACAGUGUUAGAUGAAACAAAGAAAUCACUAAACAACACAAUGGAUGCUUAAAUUGGCUUCAGGAGGGAAUUUCAUUCGCCAUUAAAUUGAUCAAAUUCAAUGUGAUUUAUUUUUAACAAUAAUAAUAAUAAGUUGAAUGUUAUUAAUUCGGGGAAGCCCUGGGUAAAAUGAGUGAUUUGGAUGAAAAUCUAACAUCAAUAUUGAGUUCGCUUAUCGACACCGAUGGCAUUGAAGCACCAAAUACGGGUGAAUUACCGGAUAAUUCGUCGUUUACUGAUAGUCGGCUGGAUUUUGAUAACCUGGCCAGUUGUAUAACCGGCAAUGACGCAAGUCUACAUCAGGAUAGUGAUGAGAAUGUUUCAAGUUUACUUGAAAGCCACUUGAAUGAGUUAUCGCAAGUGGAAAAUAGCACAGAUAUUACUGAUUCAACAGCAGAGAACUUGGACGAUGUGACGCCAUUCGAUUUGGAUAAACCCAUUGAAUCAUUGCUUGAAACUACUUCGGCUGAAUUCAUAUCACAAGAAUGUCCUGAAACGCAAAAUUCUCUCACCGAAAAAGUCCUCAAUUCACAGAUCAUAUCCACCACUUUAAACUCACCUUUAAAUGAAACAGAAGAGAUUUUUGAAGAUGCAUAUCAUCGUUCAUCAAAUGGAAACUCGAAUGGAAAAGAUAACAUUGAUUCCACAAGUCAGUCAAAUAUUGAAUACAAUUCACCUUCCAGUCAAAGCCAUGGAGCAUUUAAUGCUGAAUCAAAUGAAAUACAGACUCUGAACGAACUCAAUGAAAUCGAAACCAGUCAGAUACCAGACAUUUUCGAACCAAAUUCGGAUGUCGAAAAUCAGGGAGCUGAAAAUCAAUCAUGUUCAGGCGAAGAGGGGCCAUGUGAAAUGAUCACUGCUGAUGAAAUUGUAAGUGAAGUUUCGUCAAAGGAUGCGAUUUCGAAAAACGAGGUCAAAAAACGUCGGAGGAUACUGGUUUAUAAUGAUGGCAAUAGUGGCGGUAGCGAACUUGAAGAAGAACGUGAACGAUUGUUACAAUCAAAAUCACCGACACCUUCGAAUCAUUCGGCUGAAUUGGGCGAGAAUGAAAAUCAAAUUGAUCAAUUCAAUAACGAAGACUCAAAUCACUUGUAUAAUAACUACAUUCGCGAUCCAAACGAAAAACCUGGUCCAAAAUCAAAGAAACAAAGCACUCAUCUUUAUAAUGCGCUUAAAGCAAAAGCUCUACUCGAAUCGGCCAUCGUAAUUCCCGCACGUAAAAAGAAGAAGAAACGAGUCAUUGACAGUGACGAUGAGUACAGUGACUCUGCCUUAAAUCAACCAAUUGCCAGCGUCGAUGAUAUCGGUUUAAUUUCUGAAGACAAUAAUAUUCAAUCGUUAUUCAACGUGUCCAUAGAAUUUGAACAAAACAGUUCAACUGUCUACGUUAAGAAAGAAUAUGAUGCUGAUUUGAAACCGAUCAUCUCCAAGUUAUGCCUGAAAAAUGAACUUGAUGACGAACGAGCCAAGGAUGAUGUUGUAAUUGAACCAGCUUUUAUUAAAGUCGAGCCGUUAUGCAGAACAACAACCCAAGUUAAGAUAGAAAAACACAAUGCCAACAACAAUCGGCGAUCUCAUAAGAGGAAGGAGCCCAAAGACAUUUUUGGCAUAUCUCUUAACGCGCCAUAUGUUGAUUCAUCAAGUGAUGAAGACUAUUUUCUAGCAAAUUCGACGAGCAGUAGGAGGCAUCAGCACAACCACACACAACAUUGGGGUAACAAGAUGUAUUUAGCGAAUCAACGAAAACAGAAAGGCCAUAUUCCAGAUGAUGUUUAUUUUAACGCAAAAGUUCCGUUGCAUGUUUUAUAUUCUUAUGACGAAUCAUCAUCGGAUGAUGAAAAGAAUGAGUUCCCCGUAAUGCAUUCAGUGCAAUCGCAAAAAACUUUCAUCCAACCGACAAAGCGAACGCUUAACAAAAUGCCGCCGGUUCAUAAAAUCAUAUCGCGACCAUUGUAUGGAAAGUCGACUUCAGGAAAAAUUGCUUCAAAACAGCCUGAUCGACCGGCCAAACAAAAGAAUAGUCAGCCAGCUUCAAAACCAACGGUCUUUGAACAAUUGGAUAAACUGAAACGAUUACUAAGAGCCUCUGGAAUCAAAAAGAAUUUGAAUGAAUUGCUGAAAGGUAGUAAAACUUUUCAAGAGCGAUGUGAUCGGAUUCGGAGUCUGCUGCAUCGCAAUGGCAUCGAAGGCGAACCAACAAUAGCGAAAUGCAGAAGAUUGAAAAAACAAUUGAAAUUGAAAGAAGAAAUCGCUGGACUGGAUCCAAAUGUGAUAAUCGAAUCGAAACAAGACGAAGGUCGACCGAAACGUUCGACGCGAAUGGCGACCCGAAGGAAUUACGUGUUUGACGAGCCGACGGAAACUAAAAACCAACAACAAUUACAGCUGCAACCAAUGGCAAAAAUAGAAGAUACUAGUACUUUGCAACUAUUGCAAAAUAUGAAAGAAUUCAUUGAUAGUGACUCGGAAUACGAGGCCGAAGAACACAAUCAGAGCAGCAAUAACAUUGAUCCUGCAAAUAUGGUGGAAACAAUCAUCAGUACAAAUGAUAUAGACGCUCCGCCCGAUCAAAUUUUAACUAUUGCGCAGUCAACACAAGAGCUGCAUCCAGUUGAAACAGCUGUCGAGAUGACACCUGUAAAUCCACAAUGUACAAUCACAUUACAACCACUGUAAUACGCAAUCAUUUAUUUUACGAACUAAAUCCAAACAUUUGCUAUGCAUCACACUAGUUUUAACGCAUUUUUUUUGUAAUCGUUUAUACAGCAUUUUGUAAGAUAUUAUUCAGAUUGUAAAUUUUCGUAUAGAUCGUUUAUGUAUGAAAAUGAGGUCUUUUGCCACGUUUUUGGUGAAUGAAUUAAAUUCAAAUAUUGAUUUUUGAAGAUAA